GGUGGUUCGGCGUGGGGGCCGUUGGCUCCAGACAAAUAAACAUGGAGUCCAUCUUCCACGAGAAACAAGAAGGCUCACUUUGUGCUCAACAUUGCCUGAAUAAUUUAUUGCAAGGAGAAUAUUUUAGCCCUGUGGAAUUAUCCUCAGUUGCACAUCAGCUGGAUGAGGAGGAGAGGAUGAGAAUGGCAGAAGGAGGAGUUACUAGUGAAGAUUAUUGCACGUUUUUACAGCAGCCUUCUGGAAAUGUGGAUGACAGUGGUUUUUUCUCUAUUCAGAAAUGAAAGAUCAUUUAUAUGCAAUUAUAAGGAACACUGGUUUACAGUUAGAAAAUUAGGAAAACAGUGGUUUAACUUGAAUUCUCUCUUGACGGGUCCAGAAUUAGUAUCAGAUACAUAUCUUGCACUUUUCUUGGCUCAAUUACAACAGGAAGGUUAUUCUGUGUUUGUUGUUAAGGGUGACCUGCCAGAUUGCGAAGCUGACCAACUCCUGCAGAUGAUCAGGGCCCAACAGAUGCACCGACCAAAACCUAUUGGAGAAGAAUUAGCACAACUGAAAGAGCAAAGAGUUCAUAAAACAGACCUGGAACGAGUGUUAGAAGCAAAUGAUGGCUCAGCAAUGUUAGAUGAAGAUGAGGAGGAUUUGCAGAGGGCUGUGGCACUAAGUCGCCAGGAAAUUGACAUGGAAGAUGAGGAAGCAGAUCUCCGCAGGGCUAUUCAGCUAAGUAUGCAAGUUCCAGAAAUAUAUCUCAAGAUAUUCCAUGGACAUCAGGUACAAACCUUACUUCAGAAGAGCCUUGGAAGAGA